AAAUGUGCGUGGAGAAGUGGUGGUGUGUGGGAAGGUGACGGAGUGGGUGUAUGUGUGGGGACAGGGUGAGAUGCAGCAACUGCGCGAGAAGCUGGCGUCGGCGGAGAGAACGUGCAAGAGCGAAGCGCAGCUGAAGGAGAAGGUGCAGCUCCGGCUGAAGGUGCUGGAGGAGGGGUUGAAGUCCGGGAACGGGACGGUGCGGCGUGGUGCGGGUGCGGGUGGGACGGUGGAAGCAAAGCGAAGCUCGAGCGUGACGAGCAACGGAAGCGUGCGGAAGGGGAGCGGGAGCGAAGAAGGAGCAAAAGUGCUUGCGAACGGUUCCCGAGCUCGGCGGUCUGCGGUAAGCCAGCUGAGGGCGAUGGGUGGGCCGUUGGUGAAGAACGGGCGGUUGACGUCGAAGUCUUUCGAUGGUGGUGGCGGGGGUCGGAGUAGCAGCGGGGGCUCGUACGACGCGGGGGGUAUGGCGGCGCUGAAGCCAUUCACGAACGGGUUUGAGGAGCUGCGGGCAGGGAUAAAGACGGAGAGCAGGAGCUGCAGCGGCGAAGCGGGUGCAAGUCCCGAAGGCGCGAGCGCGCAGGGCGAGGAGGGUAGCGAGGGCGCGAAGGAGGAGGGAGGGGAAGGCAAGGCGGCAGCGGAAUGCGGUGGUGCAGGAGGAGUGGGACGCAGCGGUGCAGCAGGGGAUGCGGGAGAAGGAGCGGGCGACACGGUGUCGGGGGUGCUGUACGAUAUGUUGCAGAAGGAAGUGAUAUCGCUGAGAAGAGCUUCGCAGGAGAAGGACCAAAGCCUGAAGGACAAGGACAAUGCGAUAGAGAUGCUGUCGAAGAAGGUGGACACGCUGGGGAAAGCGAUGGAGGUGGAGGCGAAGAAGAUGCGGCGAGAAGUGACAGUGAUGGAGAAAGAGGUGGCAUCGAUGAGGGUGGACAAGGAUCAGGAACGGAGAAUGAGGCGGCUGAGCAUGAUGAAGGAACCUGUAAAUAGUUCACAGCGGCUUUCUCUUUCUGGAAGAGCAGCGAACGGUAGCCUGAGGCAGGGACCGUGAGGAGCGGCGACAUGGAGUGGGUUGCUGGACUAGACAUUGAUUAUGCAAACCAUGCAAAAUGCAGAGACUAGAGAAGUCUACAGAAGGCAGGCGUGAUGCUGGCGCGUGUUUUACGAUAGCGGGAUUGCUGCGUCAUGGUUGGUGCGGUUGUGAAUGAAGAUAGAAAAGUGCGGGUGCUGUGGACAUUCCAGAGACCCCAAGAUUUAUACAGCAGCAAGAUUUCCGUGCGCCCGUAGGUUACCAGCAUGAAUGUACUGCUCGGAACAGCUAUGUCCCUCUGAUUAGCCAGCAUUGCGUAGAUUCUUUGAAUGCCGUGCUGGUGAGAUGUGGACGUUCUGGUGGGUUUGUGUCGAACUUUUUGCUGGAAAUUGUGGGACCUCGAGUUCCUUGCACUUGGUUGCAGUUGAUUUAUUUUUCAGCCUGGAAUAUACAGACUACCUCUUGUUGUUGGGGAUAGAAUGGGUUUUUGUUGGCUGCUAGGUGUUUAGUUAUUGGGUUUUCGAGGGGGCGUUUCUCGUCUGCUUGUAUCAGUGAUUUUCAUAUGGUGAAGGAGAGUGGUUUGUGCCAGGA